UUGAGGAGGGGGGUGUAUAUUAGUAGCUGAAGGGCACGCAUCUAGCUGGCAAAGGUUAGCCAGCUUGCUAGCCCAACACUGAGGGCUUCACUGUCUGCGGUAUCGAAUACUGUUCCGGUGGGACGAGGAGCAGGCUACAGUUUGAUAAAUAACAUCCUCAGGUUGCCGUAGGAGUCUUUGUUAAGGAACGUGUACACGCUUUGGCUCCAAGCGUCCUUUGGCAAUCCUGCACACGCUCUGCAGGCACACACACUCAAAUGUUGCACAAUCCAAAACCUUCAAACACUCUUGCGGCCACUGCAAACACAGUUACAGAAUAACUCCAACCCUCACCUUCAACGCACACACACACAUCCACCACUUAUCCCUCUUUUUGGAGUUGGCUGUUCAUUUUCUUGUCGUCACACUGAGGAAUUCAUCUGGAUCAUUUUUGCUGAUCAAACCUGCAAAAAGCAUAAUGGACAGAAUCUGUUUUUUACCAUCAGGCAGUUGCAGGGAGAUAAUAACAGUUUAACUGGACAAAGUUAUCUAGAGAAGCAGUAAUGGAAGAACAGGCAGCUUCAGAGAAGAAGCCAAUGGAAGAUGCGAACAAUGUCACAAGUGAGACAGAGGAUGCGGAGGAAGCAGUGGACGAGGACACGCGUAUGCAGAUCCCCAUGCACCGCUGGGUGAUGCACGGAGCGGUGAUGUUUGGCCGGGAGUUCUGCUACGCCAUGGAAACUGCCUUGGUAACACCAGUGCUUCUCCAGAUAGGCCUUCCUGAGCAAUAUUACAGUCUAACAUGGUUCCUCAGUCCUAUCCUGGGUCUCUUCUUCACACCUGUGAUGGGCUCAGCCAGUGACCGCUGUACGCUGCCUUGGGGCCGCAGGAGACCGUUCAUACUAGCCCUGUGUGUUGGUGUACUGCUGGGUAUGGCGUUGUUUUUAAACGGAUCAUUAAUAGGCCUUUCCAUCGGUGAUCGUGUGGGAAGACAGCCAAUAGGCAUUGUUCUCACAGUUUUAGGAGUGGUGGUACUUGACUUCUGUGCUGAUGCAUGCGAUGGCCCCAUCAGAGCUUACCUUCUGGAUGUAGCAGACACAGAGGAGCAAGAUAUGGCGCUAAAUAUCCAUGCCUUUUCCGCAGGUCUUGGCGGCGCUAUUGGCUACAUGCUAGGCGGUCUCGACUGGACCGGCACAGCUCUGGGUCAAGCUUUUAAGUCACAGCAGCAAGUGCUUUUCCUUUUUGCAGCCAUCAUCUUCAUCACCUCUGUCAUACUGCACAUGUUUAGUAUCCCUGAGAGGCGCUUUGGGCCAUCUCUGCAGCAUAAAGCCACAAGAAGGGAAUCGAGCAGCCAAUUGUCCUCCAGACCUGUUAGCCACAUACCACCUCUUCUGGACAUAAUCACAGAGGAGGACACCUCUUGCAGAGAGGAUGACCAAUCAGAUCAUGAGCCCAGGGAAAUGGAAUUCCUGGUUAUGGAGCGAGUGCGUAGCAAAAGUGAUUCAGUCUUAGCCAUGCCAGACACUACAAUCAAGCUGGAUCCUGAUCUAGACCCGGCAGUCCAGCUUUUUUUGCCAGAGGUACACCAUGUUUUACCUGAAAUCCAGGAAGGUCCACAAGAUUCAUUCAAACCUUCAGACCAGGGUACUAGUAGCACACCCAAACUUACAGAUGGGAUGGUGGUUGUGCAUUCUGGAGAUUCAGCUUUUUCUGAGCUCAAUGGUCACACAAAUAGUCCAUCCUCUCAGGGCUCACAUAUGAAACCAAAGACCAAGCUGUCCAAUGGCCUCAAUGCAGGCACUGAGCGCUGCAAUUCAAACAAAAGCCACACCUCCAAUAAGCCUGCCACCCGCCUUCUCAGCGCCUCUACUUCGCCGCGGCCACACAAGCACACAUUCUACCGACAACCCUCUUUCACGUUCUCUUAUUAUGGACGAGUGGGCUCGCAGCGGCACAGACUGCGACGGACAACCACCUCAAGCCCUCAGCCCAUCACCACUUCACGCAGUCUGAACGAUCUGAGCGAUCUGCAGCGGCGAGAAGACAGGAGGGACUUUCAGCUUUCCACGAGCAGUAUGUCUGAGGCCUCCAGCAGCGACACGGAGUCUGACAAGGGCACAACUGUACGACUGCUGUGGCUGUCCAUGUUGAAGAUGCCAAAGCAGCUGUGGAGGCUGUGUGUGUGUCACCUGGUCACAUGGUUCUCCUAUAUAGCGGAAGCUGUCUUCUACACCGAUUUUAUGGGACAAGUCAUCUACCAUGGGGACCCCCAGGCACCAGUCAAUUCCACAGAGUUCCAGAAUUAUAACAGUGGAGUCCAAAUGGGAUGUUGGGGACUUGUGGUCUAUGCUGCCACUGCUGCUGUCAGCUCAGCCAUCCUUCAGAAAUACCUGGAUAAUUUUGACCUGAGCAUCAAAGUCAUCUACAUUGUUGGCACACUGGGCUUCUCCAUAGGAACCGCCGUGAUGGCUAUCUUCCCGAAUGUGUACGUUGCAAUGGUGAUGAUCAGCAGCAUGGGCGUCAGCUCCAUGAGCAUGUCUUACUGUCCGUACGCCUUACUGGGACAGUACCACGAAAUCAAAGAGUACAUCCACCACAGUCCGGCCAAUACGAGAAGAGGUUUUGGUAUUGACUGUGCUAUCUUAACAUGCCAGGUCUACAUAAGCCAGAUUCUUGUUGCGUCAGCGCUUGGAGCCGUCAUUCAGGCAGUGGGUACCGUGCGAGUCAUCCCGAUGGUGGCCUCUGGCAGCUCCUUCCUCGCAUUCCUCGCUGCCUGUUUCCUCGUCAUUUACCCAGAUGAGGAGCCCGACAAGGACCGGGACUCGGCCCGCUUGUCAAUUGAGCUUGACCAGAAAGGAGGAAAGAUUGGCGACAGAUCGUCUCUGCAGAAGCUGACAGUCAGAGGUAGUCUGAAGAACAGGAAGAGCGUGAACAAUGAGAAAAUGUUGUAGAGAGCAUGAUUUGUCAGGAUGGAUUUGCACACAUUUCUCGCAUGUUGUGUGGGGAGUGUUCUGCUUGUCUCAUUGCUACCUCAGCCCAAACAGGCUAAUGUGGGCUCCAUUUGAACAAGGCUAGCAGAAAGUUUGAAAAGAAACCUACUAAGGGGAAGCACAGAUAGCACUUUGUGUCUCAUUUCUCACCUGACGAUUGCUGCAGUAUUACUUGUACACAAUGCCUUUUAACUGCUUCCUGGACAAUCACAGUGCUGUACAAGUGUCACUUUGGCUUCCUCUGGCAUUACCUGUUGGCUAACCAGCAAUGUGUUCCAAGUCAGGCUCAUGGAAUACCUAUCCUCUUAAUUUCUGAACUAAUUAUUGUUUGACCAUGAUCUCAUGGAAAGCAUUUAUUUACACAGUAACUUUAUGUGCCAUCUGUUUUAUUAUUUGAUGUAUGCUACAUUGCUGAGAAACUCUUUCAUACUAUGACUCCAGUGGCAUUUAACUGCAAUGUGAAAUGAUACGCUAUGCCAUACAAUAAGCCAGUUACUUGUUUCCCCGCACAUAAAUGUCUUAACUACACUCGUUUUAUUCCUCACAUCCUCAAGGGAUCCUCCUGUGAAUGUUAAAGUUGUGACCUUUGUUGAAGGGGGCUGAUUUGUUUUACCUCCCAUCGUGAAUUUGAAUCAUAUUUCUGGAUUAACAUCAACAUAGUAACCAGGCUUAACAUCCAGCCUGAAGAGUCAACAAGAGUCUUCAACACCAAGAAAUAUGCAACAUGAAGUUGCCAAUCUCUCCUUCUAUGCAGUCUAAUAAGGCCAAAUGUUAGUGGAAGUGCCUUUGAGUUCAGAAGAGUCAGAAUGGCAGCAUGGUUGGUGUUCAAAUUCUAAUAAUGUGGUUUUUGCAGCCAGCUUUCCUCAGCGUUCGACUCAGGAUAUAACGCCACUCACCUUGUUUUGUGUCACCAAAGGUCCUACGUUUUUUCUACUAGGGUACUACUGGAUACAUCAGCAUUUUGUUAUGUAACUGCUGUAAUUGUAGUCUUUAAAGUUCAGCAUCCACAGGGUGUUUGCGUUAAAAAUAAUAAUAGGUAAGACUUAAAAAAAAACAAAUGAUUUGUACCUGUAUCCUGUUCUGUUUGAGUUAGAAGUUGAUCACCAGUGUUUUUGAUUGGUUUCUUUAUGCUGCU